AUGGCUGAAGCACGAUCAAGCUUUAGUGGAUCAUCAUCAGCUGAUCAUCUUGGUACUACUGCCAACGAUGAUGCUGAUGAUAUUGAACUUCAACAACGAUUAGAAAAACUUGAACGUGAAAUAGUUGAUUUAACAUUUGAAAACAAUAUUUUUGAAAUAAAUUUGGAAAGAAAAAAAUCUGAACCAAUAACAGCUGCACCAGCGGCACCCGCAGCUAAUGCUUCACAAGCAACAACACCAACAAGUUCAUCUCAAGAUUUAACAACUGUCGGCGGUACAAGUCGAAAUGAUCGUUUUGCACGUAAACGAUCAAAAUCGCGAAGUACACAAGGUGAUUUUCGUAUACAAUUAUCACUUGAACAGAAAAUUGAUAUCAUUACAACUGAAUACGAACAAAUGAGAAAUGAAAAAUCUCGUCGUGAAACAGCAAAUGAAAAAAAAAUGGAUCAACUCGAGUCCGAUGCUGAAUGGAUUGAUAUAGAAAUAAAAGAUUUCGAAGCAGCCAUAGCUGAAUUUCAUAAGACACAAGAAUCUUCAAUUGAUAAACGUACACAUAAAGUAGUUGGUGAAAAAAUCGAUCGUUACUUCGUUGAACGUAUUAAAACACGUGAAUCAUUAAUAAAUAAAUUACGUGAUCGUUCGUCAGGUUUGAAAAGACAAAUCGUACGUUUAGAAACACAAUUAAGACAAAAAGAGGAAAUGGGCGAAACCUUACAUGAAGUUGAUUUUCAUCAAUUGCAAAUCGAAAAUAAACAAUAUUUAGAUAAAAUUGAUGAGAAAAAUGUUGAACUUAUUCUUCUUAAGAGACAAGUUGGCAAAGCAACUCAAUCAUUGAAUCGUUUCAAAGAUGAUUUAAAUAGGCAAAUUAAAGAUUUGCUUGAUAUUGAACAACGUAUUAGUAAACAAAAUAAUUUACAUGGUCGUGCUGAACAAGAAAUGAUCGAUGCCACUCAAGAACAAUCACGUGUUGCUAAAAUACAUAGUCAUCUUGCUGAACAAACAGAAGAAUACGAAGUACCAGAUGUAUUAGAUUAUGUUAAAAAGAAAGCAUUACUUUAUAACCUUGAACGUGAUUGUGAAGUCUGGGAAAGAAAAGUUGAAAUUGCAGCAAUGGCCUUACAACAAAGUAAACAACAAUGGCAAGCACUUCAACGUAAUGCUCAGUAUGAAAAUAAUUCAGCUAAUUGGAGUAAUGAAUUACAAGCGCGAUAA